UGUGCUGCCGGGAGGAGUACUGCUUCUGCUUCAGAAGGGGCUCAGCGCUCCACCUCCUCCACCCUGCUCCCUUGCACACACUGUGGGGGAGUUUGUGGGCAGAUUGCGUUCACAGACAUCUCAGUGGCCACUCGGCCAGACCCUGUCUGUGCUGCUGACGCCGCAGCCCCUGUAUGGGACUCUGCUGAAGCAGCCUGUGUCUGGGUCACUGCGCAGGAUGCCAGCAUUUCCCCAGCUGUGAGGAUUGUCGGUUCUCCUCUCAUCCCUUCCUGCGUGGCUCCCCUUCACACCCGGCUGCCAACUUGGCUUCUCCAUCAUCGGAGCCCUCAUCUGUAGCACUCUGCUCAGCUGUGAGUCUCUCCCGACUCUUGUUGGGCAGUGGUACAGGUCCUGUGUUUGUAAGAGAGAGAGCAGUCUCAGGAAAUCUGAGUCUCCAGCACUCAGAGGCAAAGAGCAGCGUCUGGAGCUGAACGGUGCCCUCACAGGCUGGUGAUGCAUCGGCAGAGGAGGCUGAGGAGGAAGACUUUCCCUCGCUGUAGGUAAAUGGGAGCCGCAGGAGCAGCAGCCCCGGGAAGCUCAUGAUCUUGCCAGGAAAGGAGUGACUGCGUUUCCAGAAAGAGCGCAGAGGACAGCUCUGUGUGACCUGAAGAUGGAGUAGUGACAAAGGCAUCCCCAUGAUCCUGAGCACCUUUCGCUGUGGAGUCCAGCCCCGUUCAGAGGCUGCAUGUGGAGCUGAAGGAACUGACCUCCUGUUUUCCUGAGAACCCCUUUCUCUCCUAAUUCAUGAGCCAGCAGGAUGCGGUCGCCGCGCUUUCAGAACGCCUGCUCAUAGCUGCGUACAAAGGCCAAGCAGAGAAUGUGGUUCAGCUCAUCAACAAGGGUGCCAAGGUAGCGGUUACCAAGCAUGGCCGGACCCCCUUGCACCUUGCUGCCAAUAAGGGUCAUCUCUGUGUGGUCCAGAUUUUGCUGAAGGCUGGCUGUGACCUCGAUGUGCAGGAUGAUGGGGACCAGACAGCCUUGCAUCGGGCUACUGUGGUGGGAAACACUGAGGUCAUCACAGCGCUUAUCCGGGAGGGAUGCGCCCUGGACAGACAGGACAAGGAUGGGAAUACAGCCCUGCAUGAAGCCGCCUGGCAUGGGUUCAGCCAGUCAGCCAAGCUACUCAUUAAAGCGGGAGCCAACGUGCUUGCCAGGAACAAGGCAGGGAACACGGCUCUGCACCUGGCCUGCCAGAACAGUCAUUCCCAGAGCACACGCGUCCUCCUGCUGGGCGGUUCCCGGGCUGACCUCAAAAAUAACGCAGGAGACACCUGUUUGCACAUGGCUGCGCGGUAUAAUCACUUGUCCAUCGUUAGACUUCUCCUCAGUGCUUUCUGUUCUGUUCACGAAAAGAACCAGGCUGGAGACACGGCCCUCCACGUGGCUGCUGCCCUAAAUCACAAGAAGGUGGUUAAAGUCCUGCUGGAAGCUGGUGCGGACACGGCUAUUAUCAACAACGCAGGCCAGACCCCGCUGGAGUGUGCCCGCUACCACAAUAAUCCUGAAGUUGCUCUGCUCCUCACCAAGGCUCCCCAGAUCUUGCGCUUCAGUCGUGGGCGAAGCCUGAGGAAAAGGAGAGAGAGGCUCAAGGAAGAGAGGAGGGCCCAGUCUGUGCCCAGAGAUGAGGUGGCACAAAGCAAGGGAAGUGUCUCAGCAGGAGACACCCCCAGCAGUGAACAGGCUGUACCCCAAAAAGAGGAAGCUAGAAGAGAUUGCCCACCAGCUCCCCAGGAGCCCAAAAAGGAUGACAAGAGGAGAAAGUCAAGGCCAGAGGUGUCAGCACUCUCUGACCCCACCCCCGCCGCAGACCAACAGCCUGGACACCAGAGGAACCUGCACGGUCAUCACCACCCCAAAAAGAGCAGACACCGGUGUUGGUCCCCACCUCCCCCGCAUGGGUUCAGGGCCUACCAGCUGUACACGCUGUACCGGGGCGAGGACGGAAAAGUGAUGCAGGCCCCAAUAAAGGGCUGUCGCUGCGAACCUCUGAUCAGCAAGCUGGAGAACCAGUUGGAGGCGACUGUGGAGGAGAUAAAAGCCGAGCUGGGAUCAGUGCAGGACAAAGUGAACACAAAGCUGGGGCAGAUGGAGAGUAAGGCCCAGCACCAGUUGUGUGUUUUGGACAAACUGAUGGUGGAACGGCUGUCAGCGGAGAGAACAGACUGCCUGAAUCGCUUGCAACAGCACACCGCUGCUGAGAAGCAGGAGAGAGAGAAGCAGCAGAUGUCUCUGGUGGAUGAAUUGAAGGCCUGGUGUAUGAUGAAGAUCCAGACUUUGGAGCUGAGGCUUUCCGGAGAGUCUCGGACCUUUAAAGCUAAACCCGCACCAUCUCCUUGUGACUCUUCUCCAGCAGAUGCAGAUCCACCAGUGAUAGCUGUAGGACCAGCAGCAGCAGCAGCAGCAGCAGCAGCAGCUUCUGACAGCUCCUCUCAGGUUGUGAGGCCCAAGGACAAGGGAGUCAACGCCACUGCUGCCGACAGACAGCAGCAGGAGCUACUUCCCUCGGACUGCGCAGGCUCCCGCUUAAGGAAGGUGAAGGCCCCUGCAGCCUCAUGCUCCUUGAAUGGGGCUCCCAGGGGUGAGCAGCAGACUGCGUCCUGUGUCACCAGAGGCACUCAAACCAAGAAGUCUGGGAGAAGUGGGCAGACCAAGCACCGAGGCCAGCGGCCAACAGCUGGAAGCCCCUGUGGGCAGCAGCCAUCAGCGGCAGGCAGUGAUGCGCGAGAUGCCUCGCAAGCCCUGGAGCUAACCCAGUAUUUUUUUGAGGCGGUUUCUACCCAGAUGGAAAAGUGGUAUGAACGGAAAAUCGAAGAAGCACGAAGCCAAGCCAGUCAGAAGGCCCAGCAAGAUGAGGCCACACUGAAGGAGCACAUCCGAAGUCUGGAAGAAGAGCUUGCCAAGCUGCGGACAAAGGUGAAGUAAAACCCAGACCCCGAGGUGGAGCCAAGAGCAAAGCAACUGUGUACCAGGAGCUGGCCAUGCACCUGGGGACUUGCCUCUAACAGCCACUCAUCUGUUGGGGACGCACUCGUCCCGUGCUCUGCUGUUGCAAGGGCUUCACUAGUAACAGUGAAUCUCGGGAAGAUGUUCAAAAAAGCAAGCCACACCAAGGAAAGGUGUGUGCCUAAGUCUAGGAUUCCGUGUUAUGAAGUGUGUCAGGAACAAAGGCUGUAGUCACCCAUCUCCAACACGUCUGCUGUGCCUAGAAGGUUCUAGCAGAGCCGGGACUCAGGCGGGAAGCCCUUUUUCUCCCUUGUAACUCUCAAAAUGCUCAUCUUUUAACUGGAGGAAAAGCCUUCAGAUCUUGAGAGGAAAUCCAUUUUAAUAACCUCGGGGGCCAGUAUGUCUUAAAAUAACUUCAAAGGUCAUGGUUAUAAGGAGUAAUUGCUCACUGAUGUUUGCCAAAUGAGGAAAGUUUAAACCACUGACCAGUUACUGUGUGCUUAGCAAAAAUAACUGAGAUUAAUGGAAAAAAAGUCACCCAACAAUUCCAGCCACUUACUUUAGACUACCUUUCUGGACUUUUUGUUCUAUAUUUUGUAAAGAAACAGGGCAGUUCCACAAAACUGUAAUUAUGAAUUGACUUCACUCAUUGAAGAACCUCAAGGUGAAUAAUUAACUAAGGACGUCAUAAAUCUUUGUUUAUUGAAUAAAAUGUACCAGACUGAGGUGGUGAAGAUAUCUUGGUUGAGACCUUGGAUUUGUCUUCUAAUCCUUUGCAACACGAAUUAUAUUCGUCUCCACAUGAUCCACAUAGGCUUAGAGAACAAGUUUCUAUGCAUAAUAACCUAAUAACUAUUGUCCACGAAUUGUGACUAAAAUGCUAUUCAUUGAGCCAAAGAGAAGUGACGAUCUUUCCGCUAUGGUAUGCAUUUAUCCCUUUGUCAAGCCAAGGUCUUGGUCCAUGGAUAUAGAUUUUCCUGUAAAAGAGGGUAAACACUCUAAGUUCAGAACCCAGUGAGCCAUGACUUUAUGUGACUGACCUGUCUUUAUCCUCAGCAUCUGGCGAGAUGCAACGCUUUCCCAGUCUCCUUCCCUGGAGACUGCCCUCACUUGCCUGAGCCCUGCUGUGAUGCUACCCGAAAAAAAUGUCACUCUUGUAUGACCAUUGCUUAUUAUACACCAAGUUAUAUGGGAACUGCCUAAUACUAAGUAAGAGAUGAAACCCUAAGUUCAAGUGAUGCUCCAAGCAGAAGUUAUUUUCAUUAUUAGAAUACGUAUUACCUCACACUAUCCUUGUUGAGAAAUGCAGAGAUCAACUGUAACUGAACAUCCAUCAAGUCUAGACCACAGAAUACCUUGGUGGCAGUACUUUGAUGAUAUACCUCCUACCUAUCAGCAGCAGGCAGCUUAUCACUGUGAAUGGAGAGUUUUGUCACGCCAUCAAGCAUAAAAAUCAGGCUAUCGAGUAAGAGCAGUCAGCCCUUUACCUGCAGGCUUGACUGCCUAAGUGGUGGCUGGUUGGUUUUGGAAGGGUUUACUGUGUUAUCAGAGACUGGCUUUGAACUCAUGAUCUUUCUGUCUCAGCUUCCUGAGUUCUGGGAUUACAAGAGUGAGCCCAUGGCCAAUCAUGUUUUGUUUGUAAUACCAGUGUUAGGUUUGUUGCAACUGUUCCUUAGCAUUGUGAAGCACGCAGAGCUGGUGUGUAUUUUCCCCUGUGCUAUGUGCAAAAACAAGCAAAUAUCCCAGCUGUACUUUUACAACUAACUGUUUAUACUAUAUACUCUCAAGCAGGCCAUGUUUCCAACUGAGGCCUGAAGAGUGUCAACAGCUGUGGAAACACGCUAUGAAACAGUAAAGUGUACAUGAUGAAUGUCCUUAAAAACAACUAACUGUAUACUAAAUGUCUGUGAUGGGGUCAAUGCGUUAGUCCUGGUAUCAGUUUUGAUUUGUGCAGUCCAAUACAGGUUUUUCAUGUUUAGGUUUGUUUUUCUUGGUGAAAAGACAUGCUGUCCAAUUGUUUUAUCACCUUGAACUUGUGUCCCUGCAAGCAUUAAACAUUGUUUUCAGUUCUGUCA